AUGACCCAUCGGGAUAGAGAUAGAAUCAUGUCACAUCGGGAUAGAGAAAGAACCAUGUCCCAUCGUAAUAGAGAAAGAGCCAUGUGCCAUCGGGAUAGAGAACGAAUCAUGUCCCAUCGGGAUAGAGAAAGAGCCAUGUCCCAUCGUAAUAGAGAAAGAGCCAUGUCCCAUCGGGAUAGAGAACGAAUCAUGUCCCAUCGGGAUAGAGAAAGAGCCAUGUCCCAUCGGGAUAGAGAAAGAAUCAUGUCCCAUCGGGAUAGAGAACGAACCAUGACCCAUCGGGAUAGAGAAAGAACCAUGUCCCCUUGGGAUAGGGAAAGAACCAUGUCCCAUCGGGAUAGAGAAAGAAUCAUGUCCCAUCGGGAUAGAGAGAGAACCAUGUCCCAUCGGGAUAGAGAAAGAAUCAUGUCCCAUCGCGAUAGAGAAAGAACCAUGUCCCAUCGGGAUAGGGAAAGAAACAUGUCCCAUCGGGAUAGAGAACGAAUCAUGUCCCAUCGGGAUAGAGAAAGAGCCAUGUCCCAUCGGGAUAGAGAAAGAACCAUGUCCCAUCGGGAUAGAGAAAGAAUCAUGUCCCAUCGGGAUAGAGAAAAAACCAUGUCCCAUCGGGAUAGGGACAUGUAUAAACAUGAUUGUGUAUCACCAUAUCGUCAGUACUGCGAUCCUGCAGCAAUGACAUGA